AUGGGAAGGACUAGGGUAGAAAGAGAUGGUAUGGGAAAUCUGAGAGUCACCAAGAAGGGAAUUCGACUUGAAGGUAUAUCUGAGUUUCUACUUCCAUUGUAUGUGAAAGAAAUUCAUUCCCGAAAGGAUAGUCCACUGGUCUUACAGUCUGACAGGAAUGUAACAGUGAAUGCAAGAAAUCACAUGGGGCAGUUAACUGGACAGCUGACAGUAGGGGCUGAUGCUGUGGAAGCUCAGUGUAAAAGAUUUGAAGUGAGAGCGAGUGAAGAUGGCAGGGUGCUGUUUUCUGCAGAUGAAGAUGAGAUCACCAUUGGGGCUGAGAAGCUGAAAGUUACAGGCACUGAAGGAGCAGUAUUCGGGCACUCAGUUGAAACACCUCACAUCAGAGCAGAACCUUCUCAAGACCUCAGGCUUGAAUCACCAACCAGGUCCUUGAUAAUGGAGGCCCCUCGAGGGGUCCAGGUGAGUGCGGCUGCAGGGGACUUCAAGGCCACCUGCAGGAAGGAUCUCCAUUUGCAGUCUACAGAAGGGGAGAUAUUUUUGAAUGCGGAUACAAUUCGUCUGGGAAACCUGCCGACUGGCUCUUCCUCGUCUUCACCCAGCUCCUCCAAUGCUCAGCAGACAGUGUAUGAAUUGUGUGUCUGCCCCAAUGGCAAACUGUACCUUUCUCCAGCAGGAGUAGGUUCCACCUGUCAGUCCAGCAGCAACAUCUGCUUGUGGAGCUGAAGUGACUGAAUCCUCCUCACACCAGAAUAGCCUUUUGUUCCUGUCCGUCUGCUUCACAGUUCUGCUCGGUUUCCCUUGUGAUCAGUCCAGAGCUUCUUCAAAUGGUCCACAGAGCAACUUCUUCCAGCCUAAGCAGGGUUUCACUGACACCUGCUCCUGUGGUUUACUGUACCGCUCCACACAGUGUGCGAGUGACUCAACUGUGGCAAAAUCAUCCUCAGCAGGAAAACUGGAUCAUAACUUUUGCUCAAAAGGGAGAAUAACAUAGGUGCCUUUGCUACGUGAAGUGAAGCACACAGUUUUAGAUUUUUGCAGGACCUGGAUAUGAACUGCACAUAUAUACAUUACAUAGAUGAAAUUCCCGGUAUCCAAUGGCAAGAUGAAAUGGUUUAACCCUGUAAGAAAACUAAUUCUGCAGUCUGAAAGCACAAUUUUCCAUUCAUCUUUUUUGGAUGUACACUUUUUUCCCUCAAUUUUAAAAAUUUUAAAGCAUUACGUAAUGCUUGCUUUACAGAAAAAUUCAAUUCAAUACAUGGUUUUUAACAAAUCAAAACAAAACAACAUAGAAUCCCACCCUGAGUUUUAUUUGUUUCUUUAAAUCCAAUGUGUUGUUACUCUUUGUCUACUAAGUCUAGAAUUUUGUACAUUAGGUAAUUUUGAAAGCACUCAGCAAUAUUAUCUUUACAGAAUUAACAAAAUGCCAUUAUACUGUCAUUUGUCAGAUCUGAAUGGCCUUAUAUAGUAUUUACUUGGCUAUUGCAUGUGACGUAUUUACUUUUAACAAACAUCUAAUUUACUGCAAUAUAAGGUAGGUUUAAGAGGGACAUACAAGUGGUGUGGAAUCCACAGGCUCUUCUUUACACCUAGGUUCUAAUAGUACAAUUUUUGUUUGCUCCAUUCACUUUAUACUUGACUCUGCUAA